AUGUGUUGUUCCUUUCAUGGACAGGGUGUUAAAAGAGGGGUAGUUGAUGAUCCUUUUGUAGAAACUUCUUUGAUAUCUGUCUACUCGCAAAUGGGUGAUUUGAGUAGCGCGUAUAAGAUGUUUGAUGAAAUGCCUGAGCCAUGUAUUGUUUCGCAGAAUGCGAUGCUUGAUGCUUUUGGGAAAAAUGGGGAGAUGGGAUUGGCUGUUUCGACGUUUUCAGGUAUGGCGGAGAGAGAUGUUUACUCGUGGACGAGUGUUAUCAGUGGGUAUGCAAGAAACGGGUGCUUUAGGGAGGCUAUUGGGCUUUUCGGAAAAAUGAUGGUUCAUGAGGAUGUAAUCAGUGGCUAUUUAAAGCCAAAUGAGGCUACAUUUGUCAGUGCUCUCUCCUCAUGUGCAAAUCUGGAAGAUGCCUUCUCGUUGAAUCAAGGGAAACAAAUACAUGGAUAUAUGAUUAAGAUCGAGAAAGAAUUGAGUGUUUUUAUAGGCACGUCGUUGAUAGCAUUCUAUGGUAAAAUGGGUUGCUUGGUCUAUGCCAUGAAUAUGUUUAAUUAUAUGGCUGUAAAGGAGGUGUGCACUUGGAAUUCUAUUAUUUGUUCACUGGCAUCGAAUGGCAUGGAAAGGCAUGCCUUAGACAUGUUCGAGAAAAUGAAGUCUCAAGAUUUGCAGCCAAAUGAAGUCACGUUUGUUGGGGUCCUAUCAGCUUGUGCUCGUGCCAAGUUUGUGGACUUGGGUUUGGCAUUGUUUCAUUCAAUGUCAAAUGACUUUGGCAUUGCUCCAAAAAUGGAACACUAUGGAUGUGUAGUUGAUCUCUUGGGAAGAGCCGGGCUUUUGGAAGAAGCAUACAAGUUUGUAAGAAGCAUGCCUUUCGAGGCCGAUGACACUGUGUUGGGGGCUUUAUUGAGUGCUUGUAGACUUCACGGGGCUGUCGAUUUGGGGAAUGAAGUAGGAAGACGAUUGCUUCACUUACAACCUUAUCAUAGUGGACGGUAUGUGCUUUUAUCUAGCCUUUUUGCCGGAGCAGAGAUAUGGGCUCGUGCUGCUGAGUUUAGGAAAGCAAUGGUGGAUGCUGGAAUUCAGAAAGUUCCAGCCUUUAGCCUGGUAAAUUGA